UUUUCCUCUGGACAGGGUCUUGACCAGAGUUUAACGCUCCUACGAGAAGAAGUAGACAGUGCCAUGGCCGCUUCGGAAAAUUCUUCAACACUACAAGUCAAACAAAGGUCACCCGAACCGGAGGCCUCAAAGGAUGAUCUGAAAUGGAUAGGAGGGCAAGAGACAAUGGUGGGGAAAGCACAUGAGUUCUUCCGGAUCUGUGAUAUAGAGGAUAAAGGCUUCAUAACUCGUCGUGAUAUGCAGAGGCUUCACGGAGAGCUACCUCUUAGCCUGGAUGAACUGGAAAAUGUAUUUGAUACGCUGGAUUCAGACGGGAACGGAUAUCUGACACUGGAGGAAUUCACUACGGGAUUUAGCCACUUUUUAGAUGGGGAACAGACACAAGUGAAGGACGUGGCUCAUGAGGAACUUUCUGCGCAGCUUGAAUUUGACAACAUGGAUCAGAUAAACUGGGAAGAAAGCAGUCAAGAGGCCCAAGAAGAGGACGUGAACACCCAGUUCUAUAACUUGAUAGAUGCUUUGGGGGCAAACAAAUUUUUGGAAGAUGAGAACACAAUAAAACGCUUGUGGAUGGAUUUACGGAAGGACGAGCCUCACCUGCUCCCAAGUUUUGAAGAAUUCCUCACCAGAGUCUUCUCACAAAUCCAAGAAGCCAAUGAGGAAAAGAACGAAAUGGAGUGUGCACUCAAAAAGAAGAUCGCCACCUACGACAGUGAAAUUCAGAAUUUAUAUGAAGAGAUGGAACAACAGAUAAAAACCGAGAAGGAACAAUUUCUAAUACAAGACACGGAGAAGUUCCAUACACGCAGCCAUAUUCUGGAGGAGAAGCUGCAGAGCAAAGAGCAGGAGCUGGAACAUCUCGCCCAAAAGCAAAAGAGGUUGGAGAGUCAGUGUAAAGAGCUGAAUAAUGACAAGUGCGAAACCAAAGCGGAGAACGAGAAGCUGAAGCUAACCAAUAAAGAGAUGAGACGGGAGCUGGAGAGGACCACCCAGGAGUUACUGACCGCUCAGAGACAACUGAAGAUCCUACAGGAGGAGGCCUCCCAGCUACACGAGGAGAGAGAAAUGGAAGUGUACCGGGUGACGGAAAGUCUUCAGCGGGAGCGUGGAGCACUUCUAAAACAGCUCGACUUGUUAAGGGAAAUGAAUAAACAUUUAAGGGAUGAACGAGACAGCUUCAUACAGAAAUCAAAGGUAAACCCAUCUAAAUCCAUGAAGAACCAAAGAUCAGGAUCUGUUGUUGGAAAAUAUUUUGAAAAGAAGCCUUCAGUGAAAAGUCAGUCAUCUGAAGAAGAUGAUGUGUUUCCACCGAAACGGAACUCUCUUGGCUUGAAUGGAGUUGGUAUUUCAAUAGUUGAGACUGACAGUCAAGUGGAGAGCAGACCGAGCAAGGGUCGCCAUUUACAGAGGAUAAUCUCCAUUGAAGAGGAUCAUCUUCCUCAAUAUCUAGAAAAUGGCUAUGAGAGGCCAUUAAAUGACUGGCAGGAGGUGGAUGAAAAGGAAGAAAAACGAAUGCACCAUGAAGACGUCCUGCAAAACAAGGAUGAUAUUCCUCAGGAGGAUGUGCCGUCUUCUCCAAGAGGCCAACCGGUUGGAAAAGAAACUUUGCCGAAUGAAGAACAUAUUUACUACCCCCCAGAUCGAUUAUUUAAAAUAGUCCUGGUUGGAAACUCCAGUGUGGGAAAAACCUCUUUCCUUAGACGGUUUUGCGAGGAUAGUUUUUACCCUGGAACCUCUGCUACAGUAGGUAUCGAUUACAGUGUAAAGACGGUAACGGUGGAGAACUGCCAGGUGGCGCUGCAGCUCUGGGACACAGCUGGGCAAGAAAGGUACCGCAGUAUUACCAAGCAAUUCUUCAGGAAAGCUGACGGUGUCGUGGUCAUGUAUGAUAUCACCUCCAAGGACACCUUUACUGCUGUGCGGCAAUGGCUCUCCAGUGUGGAGGAAGGAGCUGGUGAGAACAUCCCCAUUCUGAUGCUCGGCAAUAAAACCGACACUGAGAAGGAGAGGGAGGUGCCCUGUGGACUGGGGGAACAUCUCGCUAAGGAUUUGAACUUAAUUUUCUACGAAUGCAGCGCCUCAAGUGGACAUAAUGUGAAAGAAUCUAUUUUGCAUUUGGCAAAAAUCCUAAAAGAACAAGAAGAUAAAGAGAGGGAGAAAACCGUCCGUCUAGGUGACCCGCCAAAGAAGAAAAACUGCUGUACCAGAACGUAGACUUGUAGUUUACAUCUCCUACUAUUUAUACACUACUACCAUUCCCGGGUCUGGGUGCCCGGCCCGACACUUAUGUAGCAUAAUACUACCUAACAGUGUGGUAUUCUCUUAGUCUGUGAUUAUACGGGGAGUAAUAAGACCCGGGCCAGAGAGGUGUCAUUUACAAUUUAUAUUGUUUUAUAUUGUUAUUGCGGUUUACAGUCAACCUACCGUAUUACGUCGUGUGCUUGUAUGACAAAACUGCAGGCGUUGUCUGUAAAAUAAGUGAGAGGGUCUGCAAUGCCCCUGGGGCUGUUAUGCCUCUUCCCUGUACGUGAGCGCUGGGUCCGCAGUGUCAUUGACACACAGGCCCUAAGCGCAUGCGCAGUCCAUCUCUAAUACGGAGCGCCAAAAAAUGCUUGCUUCCGAUGGCUCCCGGCUCAGAGCGCAUGCGCGGUUAUAUAGAGCCAGAGGGAGCGAGUGCUUGCUGAGACAUCUCUCGCCCAGUGUAUAAGAGAUGGAUGGCGCAUGCGCUAAGGGCCUAUGUGGCAAUUAUAUAGUUUAAAGGGGUACUCCAGCGGUGAACUAUUUUUUUCAAAUCAACUGGGGCCAGAAAGUUAAACCGAUUUUUUUGUAAAUCGUUUCUAUUAAAAAAUCUUAAUCCUUCCAGUACUUAUCAGCUGCUGUAUGCUCCACAGGAAGUUGUGUAGUUCUUAUCUGUCUGACCACAGUGCUCUCUGCUGACACCUCUCUCCAUGUCAGGAAUAGUGCUGCUCACGAAUAUUCGCAAUACGAAUUUUAUUCGCGAAUAUCGCAUAUUCGCGAAUAUUCGCGAAUAUAUCGCUAUAUAUUCGUAAUUACGA